AUGUCCGAUGUUUCGGAAGAGACAGCCUCGAAUGAGCCACCGGCGCAAUCCUCGCAGAUGCGGUGGCAAUUCAUCGAUGCUUCAAGCAACAGCCGAAGCAAUCUCACCCGAGUCAAGCGCCAUGUGAUGCAAGAAUACAUGCGGCAAAAACGCGGUGGCGUAGCGCAACCAGACGAUGACAAUGGCGGAUGUGUGAAGGAAAAAGAGGAAUCACAGCCAAAGGUUCGCAGGCGACCGAGGAACAAGAAUGCGGGAAAGAGUACCAUUGAGGAGAUGAAGAAGCGUAGCACGGGCAGGAGGAAAAAGAGCCCGGACGCUUCGACAGAUACGCAAACGGGGGUGGAAUCCAUGGGCGAGAAUUCCUUAGAGGAGGGUUCAUCGGCAGGGAUUGAAGAAAGUCAUGUCUCAGCAGCUGCAGGCCAGACUAGCGCGGAUACUCUCGUCUCUGUUUCACCACAGGACGCUGUUCUUCAACUUCGACCCUUUCCUUCACCCUCCGACUUACCCAGUUCCUAUGCAUCUGGUGACCAGAGCAGCAACUCCGAAUCCGACGGCCAGACACCGUGGUCCUCCGCCCCGACAACUCCCUACGAGCUAACGCUCUCCCCCAAAUCUAUCCUCAGCGCAGCGCGGACUGACCCUUUCAACAGCUUGCCUAUGGAUUUGGAUGCAGAGGGUCACAAGCUUUUUGACUUUUACGUCAACGAGAUGCCGGCUUGCUCUUACGGCAAUCACUUCCGGUCCCCCAAGGCUCACAAUUGGUACACGGCGGUAUUUGUUCCGGAGGGCAUGAAAGGCCCUGUCGCCUUCCAGAACACGAUCCUCGUCCACGCGGCCAACACAUGGGCCUGGGUCCGCAACGAGGAGGAAACCAAGAUGAGUCUGGUUCAUCGUAACCGGGCCAUCUCCAUGCUCCGAGAGCAUCUGGCUGAAAACCCCGGGGACAUUAGCGACGUGGCCAUCAUUGCAUGCCUCAGUGCUGCCGGUCUGGAGGACUUUGACCCCCGCCCCGGACGCAAGCAGAUCAGCUGGAUCCACAUGCGAGCUGCUCGGGAGAUGAUUCGAGCGCGCGGUGGGCCUGCGGCGUUCGAGAAUACCCGGCUGGGGAUGUUGAUCAACUGGCAGGACUAUAUUCUGUCAGGCUAUGAAACUCAUGGGCCGAGCUUUUUCUUCGAGCCCAAUCCACCAGUGAUUCCUUCCCAGCCUAAUAUUACCCCUAUGACUUCAACCCCGACGGAACCUUCGCUCCCAACUUCCUCAUCUGUCUCAGGUCUUUCCACCGACUUUGAGGGCGUACCUUCUACGGCCCCUCCCUUCUUCCCCAGGGAUGAACUCCAACACCAAUGCAACGAAUUCAUCGAGUUCCUCAAACGCUGCGAGCAACUCGCCCUCCACCAGCAAACCCACACCAACCCCGCCAUCGCAUCCAUGCGCCACACUGCCUUCCAGCCUACCUCCCUUUUAUACCAGAUUCUGGCCGCCCCGCCGGGCGUCCGAUUCACCGCCUCGGGCAACCGCAAACAAUUCGUCGCCCGACUCGUCGCGCUGAUCAUGUUCAACGCCGGUCUGUGGGACUAUCGCUCGUCCAUCGCUCACAGCGAGACCUUCCUGCGCACGCUGGAGCAGGCCGUGCUCGAAAGCGAAGUCAACAUGAGCGGCUCUGUCGAGGCGCUGCUGCAGAUCAUGCUAGAGUGCAACGACGGAACGGCCAGCACCAGCACCAGCAACAGCCCGGACCUCCCUUCUGUAUUCGUGCUGGAUGAGCUCGCCUCGCCUGAUUUCACGCAGUACUCGCCCACUGCUCGAACGCCGUACGGCCGGCCUUGGUUCGCAGGACGGAUGCUCAAGGUCGCCAAGCGGCUGGGCUACGAGACGUGGAUGCGCGUCAAUGAUUUCCUGCUGGGUUGCUUGACGCUCCAGGUGUGGGAGGGCUCGGUUGCCGUGUGGGAGGGGGCGCUACGACAGGAGAUCCUCAGUGCGCCGCUUACGAGUUAUGUUAUGCCUGCGUUGAGGGGGUGA